GUUGAGCGCGCGCCUCACAAUUCAACAGCUCCACAUAGCGACUUGCAAACAUUGAGUAAGAACAAUAUGACCGAACAUUGUAGGAAAGUGAACAAAUUUCGCUAGCUGCUAUUAUUCAUGAAUUAGCUAGUUUAGCGACAGGAUAUAACACGCAGUUUAUUUCAUUUAGAUAUAUAAUUUCGAUUAAUUGAAAGUAUACCUGGGAAGCCUGAAUUGGUAGGUAUUGGAAUCUACCUACUAAGACCUAACUCCCCUGGAUGAAUCACUGACAAUCUUCCACAUUGAUAUUCAGAAACGUCAUCCAGUAACUCCUUACUUGUAGAAUACAUAAGUAUAUAGAUCAAUUGCACAACUUUUGAGGAAAUGCCAACUCACCUGUUGCCAUAUGUGGAAAGUCCAGAUGGACUUGGACAAGACGUUCUAAAUAUUAGUAGUGGUGCUAGCAUGCCAGGGUCUGGCUCCAGCAUGACUCCUCACAGUGCCACCAUCACUAACAAAGCUGAGGCUCAGCCCGAGGGAAGCCUGCUGGAAGCCCUGGACUGUAUGUUUUGUGACCAGACCUUCACACACCAAGAUGACCUGGGCCCACACGUCCUGACCCAGCACCCCACAACACUGUUUGAAACGACAGUUCUGCGUGUGGAGGCAGAGUUCUUGAUCCCAGGUGAAAGGGCCCGGACCAAACCCAGGUUGCCAUCUGUGAAGGAGGUGGUAUUUGGCUGCGUUGUGUGUGAUCAGGCCACAGAGGGUGCCAGUGAGCUGGAGAGCCACAUGAGGACACACAAGGACUGUUUCACAUUUCACUGUAACUUUUGUGGCCGGCGGUUCAAAGAACCCUGGUUUCUCAGGAACCAUAUGAGGUUCCAUAAGGCUAAGGCCCAGCAGAACCUGGAUGGUCCAGUUAUUAUCAAUGAAGUCAUCCAAGACCAAGUCCCAGAGCCCGUAAUCACCCCUUAUAAAAUGUGCUUUACCUGUGGCUUCUUUUUUCCCGAUAAACACCAUUUGGUGGAACACAGCAAAGUACAUAGUAAAGAAUUAGAGGCUGAUGAAAACAGAGAGAAGGGUAGACAGGAAGAUCCCCUCAGUCAACAAGGUUUUUUACAGGUACUCAACCUUCGCCCCCUCUCUGAGAAAAGUACUAUACCAGAGAGAUCUUCAAGGUGGAUUGCCCAACUAGACCCUUUCAACACCUACCAGGCCUGGCAACUUGCCACCAAGGGAAAGAUAGCAGUUUGUCCAAGUAUGGCUAAAGAUCUAGGCCUAAUCCAAGACCACAGCUCUAACAACGAGGACUCUGGCUCAGAUAAAGAACUGACAAACAUCUGGUCAGAAGGCCAAGAAGGUGACAACAAGUGUGUUAAAGCCAACUUGGGUAGAGAACUGAGAUCCAGACAGACUGCUGGAGAGACCCCAUCAUCAGAACCUGAUCAGAAGUCAAGUCGAAAUGACAAGCCGACGCACUGUGAGGACUGUGGGAGGACAUUCAGGACGUACCACCAGCUUGUUCUCCACUCCAGGGUGCACAAGAGGGAGAGGGGUGAGGCGGAGAGCCCCACCGCCUUCAUUGAUGGCAAGCUCUCCAGAGCAGGGUCCCCCAAAGAAGAGGGGUCUGAAGAAGGGUCAGAUGACGGAGCACCGGGAGAUGCCUUAUUUUCAGAUAAAAGUGAAGAUGGAUUUGAUCAAAUGAAGGUGAAACAUCUUGUGUCCUCCAGGGAGUGUAGUUACUGUGGCAAGACAUUCCGUUCCAGCUAUUACCUCAACAUUCACCUCAGGACCCAUACAGGUGAAAAACCAUACAAAUGUAUAUACUGUGACUAUGCUGCAGCCCAGAAAACCUCACUGAGAUAUCACUUAGAUAGACGUCACAAGGACAAACCUUACACUGACAUCCCCAAUAAGCCUGUGAUAUCUGUGCCAUCUCCCAGUGAGAAAGAAUUGACCAGAAACAGAGAUGACAAACGGGUCCCCAACCGAUCCAAACUGUGGCCAACUCCCAAUGUCAGGCCUGCAACCAAACCUUGUGCCAUUAUGAAACCAGAGGAUAGAUUUAAUAGCAUCGGUGUCAAGAUUGCCAGCCCACUUGCUCAAGUGAAUGCUGAGUAUGGGAAAUUGAUUUCUACGGCUGCUUACUCUUCUUCUGCACACAUAAAAUGCCCCGUACCUGUUAACCUGAAGAUGGAAGGACAGGAGACAAAACACCCCGUACCUGUUAACCUGAAGAUGGAAGGACAGGAGACAAAACACCCCGUACAUGUUAACCUGAAGAUGGAAGGACAGGAGACAAAACACCCCGUACAUGUUAACCUGAAGAUGGAAGGACAGGAGACAAAACACCCCGUACAUGUUAACCUGAAGAUGGAAGGACAGGAGACAAAACACCCCGUACAUGUUAACCUGAAGAUUGAAGGACAGGAGACAAAACACCCUGUACCUGUUAACCUGAAGAUGGAAGGAAAGGAAAUAAAUGAUGAGGGCUUCAGCGCCCCAUUAAAUUUGUCCUUAAAAGUUUCACUUUCCAUCUCCGCCACCCUAAUACCAAGGAAUGUGUUGAUUUCCAAUGCCUGUUCGUCCUGUGCCUUCAGCACUAUGUACCCAGAGGUCCUGCUCAUGCACAAGAAGCUGCUUCACAAGGAGAAGUCUGACAUAACUAAGAAGAACAGAAGUCUAAAACUGAAGCGUUAUACUGGCUGCCCCCCUGCCCUUGAGGGCAAAGAUGUCACCCUGCUGCCUCUUGUAGAUCGGAGACACCCUCGCCGGACCAAAUCCCCAACCCCUCAGUCUCCUGGAAAACGUACAGGAAAGACUCACCCCUCCAACCCUCAUGGGCCUAAACAGUCUAUCACCAAUGAACCCCGGAAGGCGAUGGGAGCCCUUGGCCUGGACAAUCAGCGGUACAGGAUGAUGAUGAUGCCGCCUACCACCAGCCAGGGACAAUCCAGGUUUACAGAGCCAGCAGAACAAUCCAAUACCAAUGGUAGAAAAUAUAGCAAACCUGUAAUGGAGAGACCGAGGCAGAGCCCAUCGGACAGCAGAGUGGCAAGCGGCUUAAGAAGCGGUCCUGUGAGGAGCGGUAGUGUUGUAAUCUGGCCCUCAGAUGCUGCCAGGCUAUGCCUCUCCAGCCAGUUCGGUAGUCUUCUCCCAAUGGACUUUGGUGGUGAACCUUCCAGUAAGAGGCAGAGAUUCUCUGUGCUCCCCGGAAGGGAAACGGACACUGUUGAUACUGGCUUUAGGAUGGAGGACAGGUACAACAGACUGCUUCCCUCAGGAAGAAAUGUAGCCUCUCCCUCUCACAGGCUGCAAGCCUAUGCCCCAGUCAAAGUGCCCAACCCUCCAGCCUCUGCAAGCAGCAGCAGCAUGGAGACUGACUGGAAUAUGAUCAACAUCCUCCGUUCCUAUACCCCCAGUGACCUGGCCUCCCUCUACCAUCCCACUGUGGCUAACCCCAGUCAUGGAGUGCAGACAAACCCAAGAGGGAGUAGGCCAUUACUCUACCCAGCUAGUAUGCUACAGAGGAGAGCCUAUUCCAGACCCAUCAGUAAUGAAUGCAGUGGACCCACUGACGAAAGGGCUUAACAGUUCUAAUGGUAUGCUAUUGUUCUGGUUGACUUCACCGGUCAUGGUGUAAGUAACUUUGUCUUAAGUUCUGUGUUGAGAUAAAUAUAAUACAUUUGAUAGCCGUACGUAGGUUUGAAAUACACUGAGAAGUUGCUACAAUCAUCUUUUGAGAGUUUACCUGGAGGAAAGGCCUGACCCAUAAAUGACCUACCCCCACUGAUCUAUACACAUCCAUCAAAUAUAACAGCUGAGGUAGUUGACAAAUGACUGUUUGAAUAUCAUAUUGUUAUGGUCGCACUAGAUAAAACAUGUAUAAAUGAGAAGUGUUAAGAGGAAGUUACCUUUUGUUUAUUAAUACGCUGGUCUGUCUAAUAUGACAUACAGUCAGCAAUCAAAGGACCAUGUUUUUGUCAAAGCACUGAUGUUGGGUAGGGUUUUAUCUGACCUACAGCUUGAGUUCUUAGUUUACAAAACAAAAGCUGUAUCUUGCCUCAAACUCAAUUUAUAGACUGUUGACGCUCAUAGUAGGCAGUUAUUUUUGUGAUGAUAUGAAGCUGCAGUAGCUAUCAUGUCUACUAUUGAGCCAGUUCAUUUUGGAGAGUUGGGAGCAACAUGUCUGUGCCUAUAAGUAGUAGUUAUUCACUGGAUAAACAUGAUCAGAGCCUGAAGCCAGGGAUUCCUGCUACUGGGUAUUAUGUGAAAUGUACAUAGAAAAGGCUGCUGGUUCUGUUCUGCCUAUGGAUUCCUCACAACUGACUAUGUUGUAACAGUGGUAAAACAUGGACCGAAUAUCUGAGGGAUUCCAGUUUUUGUGCGCACGAAUACUGUUCAGAUGUUUCUUUUUUUAGAUCAACUGUUUUUCCAAACGGUAUUCAGGACUCUGUUCAUGUCAUGCAGGAUCUUAAGAUAGUCUUUUGCCUCAGGUUGGAUUGUGUUAACUUGUCUGCCUGCUUUGUCACAGGCUUUUCUGAAGCUGUGGUCUACUUGUUGAUUCUGUAUAUAAGUCAGGGAGAGCAGAGUGAAUGCCUUACUGCAGGAAUUGCUCAACAUUGUACACUGAAAAAACAAUUGUCUCAGGUUUCAGAACUCAAUUUGAGCUCUAUGAUUCUACUUAAUUUAUGCAUUAACUGUUACAAAUUAAUGCACAUGGUGUAGGAAGCGUUCUGAUAUUUUCAAGCAAUUUGGGCACACCAGACCUCUGUUAUUUCAUAUUUUUGCUGUUAUAAUUAAGGUGUUAUUUAUUUCUGUACAUUUUUUGUUUGUUUUCUGUGUGUGCAAUGUAAAAAGUGAAAUAUCGCUCAAGAGUUGUAUGACUAUCACCAUGAGUCAAUGACAUUUGGGGCAUAGACGAGUAGUGUUAUAAUAUUUGUUUCUGCUGUUUGAAAAUGUCUACAGGUAUCUUUCCAAGUCUUACUAUAGGCCUACCACCUUCCUGUUUAUAUAACCUUGAAACAACUUUUGAGACUUUUUUUUUUUUUUUCGUCAUUGGAAAUGUACAGUUUCAGACUUCUGCUUUCAUAAGCAAAUGGUUAUUAAGUUAUCAUUUAAAUCUAAGUUUGGUUUAUGUAUUAGCCUAGGUAAUUAUUGUGACGGAUACUGGACUUAACCUGGUUAGUUGAAUUUACUCCUAUUUGAGAUGCAAUGCUAUGUCUGCCUAUGCUGCUCUACAGUACUUUAUACAGUGAUUUCACCCAGUGUGGUUUACGUUCGCCUAAUAAAUGAUAGCCAUGUCAAUACACGCAUUCAUUUUUUUCUUCAGUUUUCACUUUUCUAUGUUGUGAUCUCAUUGUUUGGUAUUUUGACUUAGAUCAAGUGUAAUUGUUGUCUUGAGUAGAGGGAUCCAAUGAACAUUCACACUCAGACCUUCAGUCUGCAGAAAUGAAAAACGUUGGUUAAAUAUCACUGCAAUUGAUGUACAAAUCAUUUGACAUUUUUGAAAAUGUGUAUCAUUUUUGUAAUUGUUUACAUGAGCAUAGUGUUUUUGUCAUACA